AUGGCUGAUAGUGCUACAUACGACGGAGAAAUAGAUAUAAAACCUUACACUAGACUGGAUGGAAAACCAAAACUUGAUUCAUUUUUUAAUAAAGAUGGACUGUUAUUAAGAUCAUACGGGUGGCUAGUGAAAAACGCCAUAGGUAUUAUAAUAUUAAUUCAUGGUUUGUGUUCACAUGCAAGAUUGAACUUUUUAAGACAUAACGUGCACAUAGUAAGUAAUGAUAAAGCCAUUUUAAAAGAUGGAAAUAAUUUUUACGUCUAUGAAGACAGUUGGAUUGAGCACUUCAACAAAAAUGGUUACUCAGUUUAUGCUUUAGAUUUACAAGGGCAUGGACUGUCCGACGGGUGGGACAAUUUAAAAGCUAACGUAAAAAAUUUUGACGAUUUCGCCUAUGAUGUAAUGCAGUAUAUUGCUAGAAUUCAGGAUUCCUUGGCUGAUGAUGAUAGUAAGGAUUAUACAACUUCUGAUGGAAAUGUUGACCAAGGGAUUAAUAAGAAAAUGCUUCCAACAUACAUUAUAGGUUUAUCCAUGGGUGGAAAUAUUGCAUUACGGAUAUUGCAAUUAUUGGGAAAGUCCCAGAUCGAUGCAAAUAGAAGGUUAAAUAUAAAAGGGUGUGUCUCCAUAUCUGGAAUGAUUUCUAUUGAAUUAUUAACAUCCCCAAGUUCAAGUACGUAUCAGUUUUUCUUUUUACCCUUAUCGAAUAUUAUUUCAGAUUUUUUUCAAAACUCAAGGCUUAUUUCGGUGUUGCCUUAUCAAAGGUAUCCUUACUUGAAUGACAUUUUAAUGUUUGAUAAAAUACGUUUCAAAGGAGGCAUAACCUAUCGAUUUGGUCGCGAACUACUAAAUGCAAUGUCCAACUUAGACAGGGACAUAGGACAUACUCUUACGAGUAUUCCUAUUUUGUUUAUACAUUCAAAAGAUGACCCAUUUUGUUAUUGGCGAGGUGUGGUGUCAUUUUAUAAUAGACUGAGAGUUCGUUAUAAAGAAUUACAUCUUUUAGAGAACAUGGAACAUGUAUUAACUCUGGAACCGGGAAAUAUGAGAGUUCUAAAUAGUAUUUUGGACUGGCUUGCCACCAUAUACGGAGGCGUAAAAGAAGACCAACCGAAUGAUGAUCAACAAUGA